ACACAGCUCAGUGUCAGUUCGGUCUUCUUUUUUCGGCUUAGUCGGUCCGGGCUGUUUGGUUGCUGUUAUUUUCUAAUAUUUUGUGAUUUUUCUGUGAAAUUUGUGUAAUUUUGAAAGUGAAAACUAUUUCAACUUGUGACCCGCAUUUGGAAGUAGCGAAAGUGAAUACUUUUUGUUUGAUGUUUGGUGAUAAACCCCAGUUUGGACGGUUUGUCUUGCAAGAGGUACGCUGUGGCAGACGGUAGCACAGUUCCAAGAAUCUAAGGACAUUUUUCGUCGUGAUCCGGUUAGCAGUUUUGAUUAAGUUUUCAAAAUAACUGCUACGUGACGGUACGCAAAAACUUUGAAAUGGUCGAUUCCCAAGAUAUGACGGUCCAGACCUAUGAGCACCAGGAUCCGGCUCAGCCAGUUGAGGAAUGUGAUGCUGCUCAACUGGUGCAAAUCCCGACUAACGAACUCAUGAUGGAUCUGGACGGGGUAACGCUGUUUGAUUACCCAGAGUACGAGACGCUCAAGUUCGAGGCGAUAGGCUCGCUGUUGGAAGAAUCCUGCGAUCAGGACAUGGAGAGCAAACCGACAAUUGAUCAGAAAGUUAUGGCAGUGGCGGCCCUGCUGGAUCAUAUGGAUCGCACCCCGACGUUGGACGAAGUCGAAAAUCCGGUAUAUAACUUUAACGUAGACCUGAAUGGGGAAACUAGUGGCAAAUCUAGUUGGAUGUUUUCUUCUCGUCUCAACAAAGUUUUUGUCAAGAUGGGCCAGGCCUGUACGUUCAACAUUUCGUACCAAACCUUGGCCCACCAGGAGCUCUACAUCCGAGCGAUGAUGGUUUGCUCGGCACCGGAAGACAUGCAUCAGCCGGUGUACAGAUGCGAGAACCAUCGAGUGAGCGAUAACACCAACCCGAAACUGGCCGACGAGGUGAAAACGCAUGUCAUGCGUUGUUUCAACCCGUCCACUCGGUACGUUGGUACUGAGAACGGUGUCGCCUUCAAGGAUCGCUUAGCCGUCAUAAUUCCACUGGGUUUGACCACCCAGGAACAAGUAGCGCUGAAUGUAUCGCUGGAGUUUGUCUGCCAAAACUCCUGUAGGAUUAUAAACCGUCGGGCAACGGCAAUAAUAUUCACGCUGGAGGAUUCCCAAGGCCAAAUUUUAGGUAAAAAAUCGUUGCAUCUGAAAGUGUGUAGCUGCCCGAAGCGUGACAAGCAAAAAGAGGAAGAAAGCUUGGCUCCAGCCAAGCGAAAAAGCGACACCCAUUUACAGGCACCGCCUGGCAAGAAAGUCGCUAAAGUGGCCACUCUGUCACGUCAUCCGGGUCAGCAAUUGCCGCGUCUCACACCAUCGCCACCUUUAGGCAAGCUGGCCUUCAUAAAGAAAGAGCUCUCAUCCGAAACGUUGAGCUGCGGACAGAAGGCGAGAGCAAUCGCGCAAGCCAACAGUCAGGAAAUGGUCGAGGGAACGGGCAUCCCGGUAACCGUUCACCUGCCUACCGUAGAAUUGGCCGCAAAGGUGGCCGAAUAUGCGUUCCAGGUUGUGGCCACAGAACUGGUCCGCAAUAGCACCACCGAACCGGAAGGGUCGAAGAAAUUGGCCGCCUUUCUCACCAGCAUUCGCCGGGUGCAGAAAGGGUUAUCCAACGGACGCAACAAUUCCAUGGGAUCAACGGACUCGGACUAGCCACGAGAAUGAGCUCAUUGUAUUUCAUUCAAUAAGUUUAAAGACAAAGUUUAUUCUAAGUAAGUUUCUUUUUAUGUUUAA